AUGUCCUCAGUCUUCUCUGCUCUUCCUUGCAGCUUCCUUCUUUUUGAAGCCGUAUACUACCGCCGUGGUAUUUUGAAGAAGAACGGUGUCCUUGGUGUCGCAUCCGUGCCUUUAGGUGAACUAGCUAAUUCGGCCACUAUUGAGCAAGCUUUUGAUCUAGUUGAGGGCCGCAAAGCAGUCGGUGGCCGGAUCGAAAUUCGACUUAGGCACAGAGAACCUCUGGAGGCAAGUCCACUAAAUGAAAUCAGCUCAUUUCUAUCUUUGAGUAAUUUACCCUUUGCUUCAUCUUGUAAGCUUUUAUCCUCAUAUCAUGAUGAAGUUUCAUUCCCGGGUUGCGUGUAG